GUGCAGCCAAUGGCGCAGCAGGCGUGCAGUGCGUUGGCACCGUGGUUGGCACAUGUUUACCGUGUUUACCAUUUUCGCGGUCGUGACGCGUCAUCUAGUUGAACGGACAAAAUGUGCUCGAAUUCCUGCGAUUGCGAAGAGCUCAAUGAGUCCGAGCUAGCACCGAACGCCGGCGCGGACGCUGUCGCGAGCACCAGCGACGACACAUGCAAGACGUGUGGGAACACGGCUCACCUGGUACUCCGCAAGAAGGAUGCGUACUGCAAAACGUGCUUCGUCGCAAACUGCACCCACAAGUUUCGCGCUACACUCGGCAAAUCCAAGUUGCUGAAGCCGGGCGACAAAGUCCUGGUUGCUUUUUCCGGCGGACCUUCGUCGGCUGCCAUGCUGCGGCUUCUCCGCGACGGUUUCUCGGAAGACACGCACAAGAAGCUCCUCUUCGAGCCGAGUCUGGUUUACGUCGAAGAUUCGUCUGUGUCGGGAACUCACGGAGACGUGACCGAUCUGAUGGAGGAGUCCGAUUUUCCAUACUACACAUGUCGUCUCGACUGCCUAUACUAUACGGAGCGCCUCAAGCUCGAUCCGUCGGCUCAUCGCGCAGAGGUCGGAGACGGCGAAGGCGCGGCGCGGACCGCAUUCGCGACGGCUUGUGAAUCGUUCAAGACGUUAACAGACCGCGAGUCUUUCUACAGAUUGUGCAUGCGUCGUCUGCUUCUCAGGCUCGCCAGAGACAACGGUUUUGCCAAGGUGUUCACCGCCGAAACGGGCACUUUGCUGGCUGCCACCCUUCUCUCGACUAUCGCCCUGGGUCGAGGAGCGCAGUUGAGGGAAGAAGUUGGUUUUCUUGACGACCGCGACCCUGAGGUCCUGCUCCUGCGUCCGCUGCGCGAGUUCAGCAGCAAGGAGGUCGAACUCUUCAACGAGCACUGCAACGUGCGAUUUCGACCGCAUACAACGCCCAGCACGGGUUGCGAACCUCGCGCCAGCGUGGCCAGGCUUACGGCGAAGUUCGUGAAUGGUUUGCAAGAGAACUUUCCGGCGACGGUGUCCACGGUGUGGCGGACGGGCGACAAGAUAGAGUCCCGGCCUCGGGCGCGAGUCCCUAGCGGCAGGGCCGAGUUCGUCGUCGCGUUGUCAGUCUGUGCGAUUCGCCGCUCGACACCGUGGACGUCGAGCCGUGCUCGGCCGUUGCGGCGCUACAAUUGACACGUGACAUUUCGAGACUGCGAGUGGCUGAAGACGCUAAGUUUACAACGUCAGAUGUGGCGGACAACUUUCAAGUUGCAUCUUCGAUCUUUUGCUACGCCUGCCAAGCGCUCGUUAGGCAGGGCGAUGCGAGCGCCCUGUCGUUGUUGUGUGACGUUGUUGGUGCUAGAAGUAGUAAUAACAGAUAACCUGGGGUGGAGCACGCUUUUAUUUGAACUUCGCGUCAUGUGCCGACAUUGAAGCUUUCGAAUUAUAGAGGCCAUCGAAGACAAAUUGUGCCUUUCUGCCAUUUUUGAUCGUUAGAAGCAGGUGCGUUACCCGUUUUCACCUGACUGAUUCACAUAUGCUAAACGUUCGAUUGACUAAACUAUAACUGCUGUUUAAUAAAGUUAUGCUUGAUGCGAUUUUAACUUUCAUGCA